UCCCCCUCCCCCUCCUCCUCCUCAGGAGCACAGAACAGCUGAAGCAUAAUCCUCCCAGUUCUGGAGCUGAAAGUCUGGCAUAGGGUGUCACGGGGCCACACCCCCUCUGAAACCUGUGGGGGACUCCGUGCCCUGUCUUCCAGCUUCUGCCGGUGGCUGUCAGUCCGUGGGGCUCCUCCGCUCACAGAUGGGUCCCUGCUGCCCUUCGCCUUGGCAAGGGCAUCUGUCCUCUGUGCUGCUCUGUGUCUGUGGCCAGAUUUCCUUUCUGAUAAGGACACCAGUCAUAUCGGACUAGGGCUCACCCUCAUCACCUCCUUUUAACGUGAUGACCUCCAAAAAGAUCCCAUUUCCAAAUAAGGUCACAUUCUGAAGUAUUGGGGGUCAGGACUCCACCAGUAGCACGUCCGGGGUCGUGGUUCUACCCGUAACAGUCUCCACACCCUCACCCCGUGUAGUGACGGGAACUGUAGGGAGGCCACGUUCCUCCUUUGCUGCUUUUCCCCUUACGUCCGCGGGACGGAUGUGCAUCGGUCUGGGCGUGCUGCCCGCGCGGAGCCACCACGUGAGCGGAAGCUCCGUGGGCAUCCACACGGACUCACUGGGAAUCAGAGCAAGGGAGGACUCGGGGAUCACGUUGUUCUGCUCUGGCCUUUUCUGUGUCGUGAAUGAGGACCAGCGGAGGGAAGGUGCCUUUGCCCGGAGGUGGUGUUUGCGCAUGACAGACCUCCUGAGAUGCACGGGCUUCAGAGCCUCCCAUGUACCUUGUUCACGACUCUGCCGCGCCAACAAGGCUGCACUUGUCAUUAGUGGGAGCGGAAGUGCUGUCAGUGUCGUGGGGACACGGACACGGCUGCUGGAGCUCGAGCUGGAGCUCCUUCACGUGCGUCUCCACGCGGCUUGAACUUCCGAGCCCCAGGGUGGCUGGUGGCGAGCAUGACACCCCAGGUGAGCGCCAGGGCAAGGUGGAAACCCUGUCACCCUUUCGACCCUGGCCUGGGUGGUCACACCUUCUCCCCUGUGCCUGUUUAUUCAAGUGAGUGCACUGCAUGUCCCUGGGGGGUCCUGGGCCGCACUGAGUUCUGGUAACAGGCAUUGGCAUCAUCGAGAAAUACGGGUGAGAAGUGCAGAAACCAGGACACAAGGGUCUGUGCCCCGCACUCUUGCUCAGUAAGGAGCCUGGAGCACCUUCCCGCCAGCUCCUUCUGGCUUCUGUGAGCAGCUCCGAGGCCCUGGAGCCCCUGGCUGCCCGGAUCGCAGGGGUGCGGGGUGCAGGUUCUCGCAGGCUUCUGCUGCUCUGUGCGUGGUGCUCCCGGGACGUGCGGGCUGUAGGUAGAGCGGGAGGCUGCCCACGAGUGAGCGUUAGAUUUGGGGAAAGUGGUAAAACGUGAGCGGACCAGCAUCAAAAGGAAAGCGCAGGUCGUCGCGAGAAGUAGCUGAGCGUGGGAGGUAUGAAGCGGGGACGCGGAGGCCUGUCGCUCGGGACUUGCGGGGGGACACGCUGUGCGGCGGCGGACGUCACUGGAGCAGACGGUCCUUCCUGGGCAGACCUGAAGGCCCAGCUGUUCCCAGCCUCAGUUCUGACGGUGAGGACCGGCCGCCCCCACAAGCUGUAGGAGACCCCCUCCAGAAGACACUUGUGCUCCCGUGGCUCGUCUUUCGGGGGCACAUCGGCCUGGACCCUGACCCCGGCCUCCCUUCCCGCGACUCCUGCCUGUGGGUCAGAUGGGGCUGUCGGUUCCCGUCCCCUUCAGAUGGGCUUCUGCUUGGGGUCUGCUUCCCUGCUGGCUUGUUACCGAUCCUGGGCCGGGUUAUGUUUAGUGCAAAGCUGCUGCGGCAGAACUGCGGGUGUUACUGUCCCCCAACAGUUUGUGCGUGGAAUGUCUGGUGAACGUCUGAGAAGCGCCCGGGGUAGGGGGCAGAUCGAUGCCCUGACACCCCAGGACGGCAGGUGGGAACCUGGUUCCAGGGCCCGGCAGGUGACUCCCUGCUCUGCAUUCACCAGCCUUCGGGACUGUGGUUCUGCCAGGCCUCCCUCUCCCCGCCUCUGCCAGGCCCUGGUGUCCUCCCGGUCUUCAUGGCUCUCUUUCCUCUGCUUGUCCCAGCUCGGUGCACGGAGAUGGUGCCCCUUUGGCUAUAGCCUGGUUCAAGGCAAUGUACUCCGUGAACCCCCACCCCGCCUGUCACCAGACCCCCCUCCCUCUCACCCCCGGCUCUGCACGUUUCUUUCAACGUCAAUCCCUUACUGCGACUCCCGCCUGUCUUCCCCUCUUGAGCAUGUGUCUUACCUCUUAGGGAGUGAGAGACUGUUCUCCACAGCAGGGACUUGUUUUGCUCACCUUUGUGACCCUGCGGCCCUGGCCCCACACCUGAGCCAGGCACUUGCUCCAGGAAAAAACUUGGAUGGAAGCAGGAGUGAUCGGUUUGGCUCUCUUGUGACGGGUUCGCAGCCUCCCUCUGCAAAGCCAGCAGUCUCUGGAGGGACCUGUCCUUGCUCCCUCAGCUACUUUUCUCUUUGGGUGGUACAGGAAGGAAAGGGGCCUGUCUGGCUUGCCCCCGUUCUCCGGGAAUCACAUGGGAGCGGCUGGUGUCCAGGCUGUGCUCGCGGGGGGCAGGCUGGUGGCCGGGACAGGCCGUCGUCGGUUUGUGACCAGAGAACAUACCGCUGGUGUAGUUUGAAGGUGAUGUCCUUUGUCCCCUCUCCAGGGGACACAAAAAGCUCCUGCUUAGAAGAGAGGACUUUGGACCUGGAGCAGUUGUGUCUUGCCUGGAGCUCCUGCCCAGUGUCGGCGUCAUCAGCUCCUUGGGGAAAGCCUUCUGUCUCUGCCGCCCGGGGCCUGGCCCAGCGCAGACCUCAGCAGUGCUCCAGACAUGGCCCUGAAUUCAGUGACCCGUGGCUCCCCAGAGUUCCUGCUCCUUAGCUGUCCUGCUUUUAGAUGCGAAGUUGGGUAAAAUUGUUUCAAGAGACUUUUUUAUUUGAGAAUGGUAGAGUGCUUGCUCGUGAUUCUUGUGGGCUGCUCUCAGUAUUUUUGUGGGAGUAAAAUUAUUACACGCCACAUACGUUUACCCAGAGCCCUGUCAGAUGGGGUUUCCUCGCGGGGUGUCAUGCCCUGAACAGAAACGAUGGGUCUUUGUCACGUAAAGGUUUGACACAAUUCCUUUUCGUCCCAAGUGAUGUUGUUUUGUUGGCUGUUCGUAACAGAGUCUUGUGCUGAAACGGCGCUCUUGCACACGGGAAGGGCGGUCACAGGGUGGCUUGGAAGGCUCUGGCUGCAGGGGGUGGAGAGACAUCCUACUUAUCACCAGCCGCGGAGUCCUAGAUGUGAGCGCAACACGCUCGCGGCCCUGCUCGUCCAUCUGCCCCUUGCUCGUCGUUUGACACACGGUUGCUGUGAACCUUUUGUCCUGAUUCUAGUGCAGAGGUGAACGGUGCGUUUCCUCUGCCCUAGAUAAAUCUACGUCCUGAGGACGCCGGCACCUGACCCAGGAGGGUCUUUGCCACCCUGGCUGUUCUUUGCUUCCGAGCAGAGAAUCCUCAGGCCCCCCUCGCAAUGAAGGGAGAGCUCACUUUUAGCCAGAGAAUGGCAUUUAAGGUAGCCAGCGGAUGGCUGGUCUCUGUAUCCACACGUGUGGAGCUGAGCCACGAACGCCGGCGGGGGCCGGGCUCAAGGGUGGGAGUGCGUUCCACAGGCACCCCUGUCCCGGAAGCCUCGUGCAGGGAGCACAGAACUCAGUGAGAUGGGCACAAGUCGUCUUGUACUUGACCAGGACACCAGUCCCUUCUGUCUUAAACAGAUUUCAAGACUUGGCAUCGCUUCUUGGCCACAGAUUUUGCACUUGUGAAACAAGAACAGUGGAGUGGAUUAUAAUGCAGGGGUCAAAGAUUACUUACUAUUUUGUGUUUAUAGGGAGGUGGGACCAGCCCUCGUGACCCCAGUGAUGGGGAGCCCUACUUGUGCGCUCCCGGCCCCUGCCGUGACCACAUGGCCCCCUCGGCUCCCAGCUGCCACUAGCUGUCUCCAUGUGGGUGUCAGAACAUGUAUGAGCAGAACUUAGAUUUUCUCUUGAGAUCCCUUCCUCCUCCAUGUCCCCCUCGUUUCAGGACGUGUUGCUCAGACCAAAGGCCUGGGUGACCUGGACCCCCCCACUUCCUCCCGGGCUCACUUCCCUGAGGCCAGUGUGUCUCCUUUGUGUGCCCUGAACCCCAUUCCCAGGCUCGCUCCCCUUCCUACUUCCCCAGAGGCAGCACCACUGCCUGGCACCCUAGGAGAUGUGUUCGUUCGCCUGGCCAUGGCCGGCCCUCCGCCCCGCAGAACUCGCGGCCCAUCUUGCAGGCACCUUGUCGUCUGGGUCCCAGGAGCAGCCGCAGUGCGGAGGCCCAAUGUGGGUGCCCCAGAACCCUCUGGAGCCCAGAAAUGGGGAAUGAGGAGAGGCCUGUCUAGAGGAUGCAGGCAGCCCGUUGGGGGCACCCAGAACCAGUGCAGUGGGACCCGAGUCUCCUGGAGAGGGUUGCUGUGAGUCCAGGCGUCCGUCCCCGUGACGGCUGCGUCAGCCCUCCCUCCCUCUCCACUCCACUCAGGGCUUCCCUGACACUCAGCUCUUCCUGACUCUCCUACAAUCCUGGGCUCGCUUCGAACUGCACAUGUACCAAAAUCCUACCAUCCCGACACUCCUCCCUGGUGUCCUCCUUUGUUAGGGGCUGAAUUAGGGCCCCCAGAAUUCAUGUCUAGCAGCCCGCAGCCCCAGAGCCUCAGAAUGUGACUGUGUCCGGAAGCAGGGCCCGCAGAGAGGUGGGUAAGUUACAGCGGGGCUGUUGGGUGGGCCCUGAUCCAGUAUGACUGGUGUCCUUCUAAGAAGAGAUUAGGACCCAGACAAGUGCAGAGGGACAGCCAUGUGAGGAUGCACCUUGGUCCCAGACUUCUUGCCCCUAAGGACCGUGGAAAGACAGCUGUCUGGUGUUUAGGCUGCAUCUGUGGUGCUUGGUUCUGGCGGCCUGAGCCGAUGAGUGCCUUCGAGAUGGCCUUCUCUUCUGUACCCAGAUGGUGGGAGGGCUUAAUUCGGUUGCUUUCCUCAAUCUGUGCUCCCUCCCUGGGAGGCAGUCACCCGCUUGAACAUCUGUGUGCCGAUGGUGCUGAAAUCUGCCGGCUUCUCCCCGGAUUUCGAGAUUCAUGUGCCCACUGCCUCAUAGAUAUCUUCACGAGGGUGCCCCCGGGUUGCUCAAACUCAGAGCAUCCAAAUGGAACUCAUCGUUCUUCUCUUAUUACCAAGAUGGCACGUCCGUCCCCUCAAGCCAAAACUGAGUGCAGGGUUCUUGGAUCACCUCGAGUCUUGCAGAUUUUGCUUUCUGAACAUCCUUCUGAUCUGAGCCUCUUCUCCAUGUAGUCGUCCUUCCUCCCACCUGCCAGGCUUGCUGGGAGUUCUAGAAGGGGCUCCUGGCUCCGUCUUCCCUCCCGUGGACCCAUCCUGCACAAAGCCCCUGGAACUCACCUGCCUCCUUGGAUUCUCAACAAGAUGAACGUGAAGCUUCUGAGUGGGGAUCCUGCACUCCCUGUUUUGGCUCUGGUGGACUCCGCCCCGAUGUCCUGUCUGCACGUGUCUGGUUAUCUGGGUUCCCUCUACUCAACUAGACUGUCCUACAGCCGGUCUGAAAUUCUCUCUUCCUGCCGGCUGGAGCGGCUGCCUCCCCGGGAAGCCUCCCUGAGCUUCCCAGCGUCUGUUUUCUGCAUCUUGAAUCUGUAUUUGGGCAGUUUUCACCCCUUUGUCAUGACUGGUGUCUGCCUGCCCUCCCGCCAGAACGCGUUCUUUCAGAGAACAGAGGCAGAUCCUCAUGGGUUCAGAGCAGCAGAUAUUCAUCAAGCAGAGGAAAGAGGAGCUAUUAGCAAAGGUGGGCAGGGGGGAUCUGGGACCUGUCACCCAGUGGGCGCCGGUGUAGACUCGGCACGCUGUCGGCUCUCUUACCACAUGGAACCCUCGCCUCAAGCGCAGACCUCAGCUGCGUGAUAGUCAGUAUUUAACUGCUGGCUCCCGGGCCCAUCUGCAGUGUCGCAGUGUCGGCUGCUUCCUGUGGUAUAAACACUCCCUUGGUGGCUCUUUCAAGCUCCUACCGUGAUGUCACUGCAGGGGGAAUUGGGAAGAGACAUGUGAGCGGCUACAGCCCUCAGUCCCUCACCCGUCCCUGUUCCGGCCUCUGCCCCAUUUAGCCUGUGCUUGGCAGUUGUCGAUGCCGUGUGCAAAUGCCAAGUGUCAGUGAAUUAAGGACGUUCCUUGCAUUCCCCUUACCGUAUCUUUGAUUUUGGCUUAUUGUUCCCCAGCACUGGGGUAAGGGUUGUAGAACUCUCCGGAGGAGAGGAUUCAGAACAUACCAGAUUCAAGGCAGCUGGUUGGUCUCCUAACCAUCUAUUACACAUUUAUUAUGGGAGAUGCAGUUGUCUGUGCGUGCUCAGUGAGCCUGUGCUCCAUCCAUUCAAGCUGCGAUCUGAGUUUGUGAAGCUCAGCCUGAGGGGUCAGCCGGCCCUUGAAGUCUCAGAGAUUGCCAGUUCAAACAGGGCUGCGCUAUGCCAUGAUCGCCUUGGGAGCCUGGUCCUGCCGACCCAUCCGUGUCUCCUGCAGCAUAUAAUCCAGUGCUUGACACACAUUUAUAAUGUGUGCACUGACUGGUUGUUUUUUGUUUUGUGAUAUUUGCUUCCUAUCUCAUUCUUUACCAUCGGCUGCUUUCCUUCUGGCAAUAUCUGUGUCCUCCUGUCACCAGUCGGUAAGAGAUUGGUAACC